GACCUCACAGUUAGGGAGUGCUGGCAGUUGUUAACCUUUUUUCUUUUGUACUGUAUUUGCUUUGCCACAGGACGAUGUAUUUGAAAUGCACAAGAAAAAUAUGUGGAUUUGAAAUAUAUCAGUGUUAUGAAACCAGAGUAUCAUCAGAGGAACAACAGUUGUGAUAUUUAAGGAAAUGCACUCAGGGCUGAGUCUUACUCUCCUGUCAGUGGCAAUCCUGACUGUUCCCAUCCCAGCUCAACCUGUCCCGGAGACAUUCACCUUAACUGUCCCUGAUGGCCUGAUCUCAUCCCAGUCAGGCUCCUCCGUCUCUCUACUCUGUCAAGUCUCACCUAUAUUCAACAUCAAACCAUUUGAGGUGCAGUGGUAUCGGUCGGAUGACGUUAACAAACCCACCUUGUUGUACAUGGAUCACAAGAUCCAGGAGGCCCUCAUGGACCCGCGGUUCAGGGGCAGAGUAUCUCUAACUGGGGGACUGGAGAGGGGGAACGCGUCCCUGAGACUGGAGAGGGUCACUCUGGAAGAUAGUGGGGAGUUUGUGUGCUACAUUGCCAGUAACAAGUGGUAUGAAAAGGCCCAUGUGGUACUGGCAGUGAGUGGAGAUUCCAAAGGUUUCACUGUGACUCAGGUCCUGUUGGUUGUCCUGCCAGUAUUUCUGGUCAUCAUCAUCUGUGCUCUGUGUUUCAUUGUGUUCAAACGAAAAGGGUUCAAGUGCUCUUCAUUACAUACAUCCAGGAAACACACAGAUCAAAAUGAGCUUGGGCAGAAUUUGGCAGGGGCAGAAAACACAGUGCAGAUGUCUACUAAACAGACAGCAUCUGAUGAAGAAGAUAAUCUGAAAGAUUGGCUCCUGGGGAAAAGAUUCAGAGCGGAACACAUCACUAUGGAUAAAGAGACUGCUUCUACAGCCAUUAGUGUGACGCAUCACGGAAAGAGGGUAAAUUAUAUCAAAGCAAAAGAUACAGUUGACCAUCAGUCUUACCAUGUAUUGGGUAAUAAGGGGUUUGACUCAGGGCAACACUAUUGGAAGGUCAAGGUCAAUGAAUAUGCUAAUAAAGAAAAACUAGCAUGGUAUUUAGGUGUGACCAGAGAAAAUGCCAAAUGUCCUUUAACAUGAAAUUGGGUUCUGGAUUUUAUUUUAUGAAAAAGGAGAGUUAGGUCUACAUGUUUAUGUUGGCGGUGUAAAAACACAAACAAGACAAACAACACCAACAACUGUGUGUGUGUUUCUAGAUUGUGACAAACACACACUGUCUUUUUGUGAUGCUGAUUCUGGGUCCCUUCUUUACACUUUUAAUGAUGUGAAAACAACAGACACAUUGUAUCCUGUAUUCAGCCCUGGAAAAAGAGAUCCACAUCCAUUAAAAAGUAUUGACACCAGAAAAUAGGCUGUGCGUUCAACAUCGUAGCUUGAUGUCUGCUGGAAAAGGAUAAUGUGAAAAUAAAAUAAAGGCCGGUGGAGUACAUUGUAACUUAUUACUCUGGUACAAGAAAUGCAGGGGAAAAUCUUGUCAAAUGAGACAUGCUUUCCAGAAAUACAUCAGAGUUCUGUUUAACACAAGUUUAUGGCUAAAUACAGUAAUCAACACAUGGGUGUUGUUCAACAAGUUUGUUUUAUGCUUUCUAUGUUUCCAGACACCAAAAGUAAUUAAAUGUUUGUCUUUUUUUUCUUUAUUCUUGUUUUAAUUAAAUAUAAAAUUGUAAUUGUAAAAUGACUAUAAUGUGCUAAUAAACUAUCAUUGUUGUGUUGCUAAAUGAAGUAUUAGUUUGUGUUGAAAUUUGGUCCCGUUUCACACUCCUGUCUCUAUGUGCUUAUGCAGCUGCUACCAGAGAGCAGGGUUCAAUUCCCGACUCCACCCUUUACUCCAUGUCUUCCUGUGAUUCCCACUUUAAAUAAAUAAGCCUUGAAAAAUAAUAAGUAAAAAUAGUGAGUAUCUACUCUUCUUAUAAAAAGCAAUGGAUCAAAGUGAUGCCUAUCAAGAUUUGUGUUGCUGUCGGGUGCAAACCUUGCAUUUAUAGUUGAUAUAGUUGCAUAUUGUGAU